UGGGGUGGAGUUGGCGCGAGAUAGGAAAGUGCCUUCUAGUGUCCCGGGCGGGCGCGAGCGAGCGAGCGGGUUGGCUGCUGCAAAAGGAACGGAGCUUGGCGCGCGCUCCUUCGGGAGAGGAGGGGGUGCUUUUUAAAAGCAGCAUCCCGCCCGCUGUGGCGGUGGCUGCUGCAAAAAAAUCAGCUGCCUCUUCCUUCUCCGGGAGAUCCUAUUUUUAUUUUUUUGUCCCGUUUCGGCUCUCGGAUGGUGCUCAUUCAGGAAAGGACAUGGUGUCCCGCAAAGUUGGCCGUGAAGCAGAAGAUGAGCUGCAUUCUCAGGAUUCAGAUGUCCAGGAGCGACGGGAUAACAGAUGUAAAGUCAAAUGGUCGCGGGAAGAGGAUGAGCUGCUGAAUUCGUUGGUGUCACAGUAUGGACAUGAUUGGAAGUUCCUAGCAAGUCACUUUCCUAAUCGCACAGAACAGCAGUGUCAAUACCGCUGGCUAAGGGUGCUAAAUCCUGUUCUGGUUAAAGGUCCAUGGACUCAACAAGAAGAUCAGAAGGUCAUUGAACUGGUAAAAAAAUAUGGCACAAAACAAUGGACACUCAUCGCUAAACACUUGAAGGGCCGGCUGGGGAAACAGUGUCGGGAGCGCUGGCACAACCAUCUGAACCCUGAGGUGAAAAAGUCAUCCUGGACAGAGGAGGAAGACCAUAUAAUUUAUGAGGCUCACAAAGUUCUUGGGAACCGAUGGGCUGAGAUUGCAAAAUUGCUGCCUGGAAGGACUGACAAUGCUGUGAAAAACCAUUGGAAUUCUACAAUCAAAAGGAAAGUGGACACAGGUGGAUUUCUUAAUGAAGCGAAAGAAUCCAAGCCGCUUUACCUGCUGGUAGAGGUAGAAGGCAAGGAAAGCCAAAAUGUACAGGAAGGUGAAAACCAGCAAACUUUAACUAGUUGGCCUGUUGAGACCUUGGAAGUUAAAGAAGAGAGAGCCACGGAUGAAGAGCCAGUUGGGUUGCAGAUGCUGCCUUCAGAGCAGCCCCCUGAAAGCCUGGCAGAGGAUGAUGUCGGAGAACCCUCAGAAAGCACAGCGCCUGAUGAUGCCCUUGAAGACAAUUCCUCAUUCUACACGUGGGUGGUGGAAGCAGGCAGUUUCAUGUGCACCCCUGCAUUCCCCGCCAUUACAGAAGCUCUGGACAUGAUUGAAUCUGACCCAGAUGGUUGGUGUGAUCUCUCUCAGUUUGACCUGCCUGACGAUCUAUCUGCAACGGCAAGUAACAAUGACAGUCCAGAUAGGCCGCCGUCCAUCAAGCCCUACUCUUCCUCGCAAAACGUAACAGAGUACCGUUUGGAUGGCCACACCAUUUCAGAUUUGAGCAAAGGCAGCAGGGGUGAGCUCAUCCCCAUCUCCCCCUGCACAGACAUGAGCUUUGGCACACCGCCAUCGGUCCUGAAGCGUCAGAAGAAGAGGAAGGUCAGCCUGUCGCCUGUUUCCGAAGGGGGCACCAAUACCAGUGUCUCGUUCCUGGACUCCUAUAACAGCAUGACGCCAAAAAGCACCCCAGUCAAGAGCACCCCUGUCAAGACGUUGCCAUUCUCGCCAUCCCAGUUCCUGAACUUCUGGACCAAACAGGACACUCUAGAUCUUGAGAACCCCUCUUCAACUUCCACACCUGUGUGCAGCCAGAAGGUGAUUGUGACUACCCCGCUACACAGAGACAAGACCCCGUUGCUCCAGAAGAACUCUGCAUUUGUGACACCUGAUCAGAAAUACAUAGCAGACAAUACACCUCACACACCUACACCUUUCAAGAAUGCUCUAGAGAAGUAUGGCCCAAUGAGGCCUUUGCCACAAACCCCUAGUCUGGAAGAGGAUUUAAAAGAGGUACUAAGAAGUGAGACCGGCAUUGAGCUGAUUAUAGAAGAUGAUAUGAAGCCAGAGAAACAGAAGAGAAAACAGGGGCUCCAUAGGAGUCCCAUUAAGAAGGUCAGGAAAUCCCUUGCAUUAGACAUCAUGGAUGAGGACUUGAAGAAGAUGACGGUUUCUUCCAUGCCCAAAUCAGUUUGCUUCAAAAGAACUCAGCCUGUGAACUUCCCAUCACAGUCCCUAAACCUUUCCUUCAGCAACAAGAAUAACAGCAGUUUGCUCAACAGAGGUUUUGUACACAUUAAGGCAGAGAAGAACCAGCCUUCUAGGAGAAUCCAAAGCAAAUACAGGCCACCUGCUCUGAUGUCCAGCGCUUGGAAGACAGUGGCUUGCGGUGGUUCGAAAGACCAGCUGAUCAUGCAAGACAAAGCUCGUCAAGUCUUGGGCGUGUUGAAACAGAACCACACCUCACGGACAUUGAUCUUAUCUUGAAAAAAAACCCCACAAACUUUGUUUCUGUUUUUUAUAUGGAAAUUGAGUGAGGGAAGGAAGAGGACGAAAGAGAAGGCCACGUUUCUCUGCAAGCAAUACUUCCCCCACUUCAUCUUUUUUAUGACUCCGUAAUAAAUAUCUUUAAUAAAUUGCUCCAAAUUUUGGGUUCUGUAUAGAAGAAUGAAUGCCAUGAAUUAAGCAGCAAUCCUCAGUUGUUAGAACUAAGAUGUACUCAUUCUUUUUUUUUUUGUUUCUCAUGAAGCAGAAGGGGACACUUGUUUUGCUCAUGUCUUCAAUGGACCUGCUGGAAAGACGUAAAGGAUGGAUCCGUUUAUAGCACAGAGUAAGCCUGGACUUCUAGAUUUGGUUUGGUUUUGUUUGGGACUCUUUAGGUAUAAUUUUGUGAAGACACCUGGUGCCCAUUAUGGAUUUUGACAUGAGAAGAAACAGUAUCUGUUACCAGAUGGAUGUAUAAGUAAUUUGUCUGCUAGAGUCAGGAGACUGGAGGAUGGUCUGUUGCACUAAGUCUAGGCAUCAACAUCUUCCCCAGAAGAAUACAGACUCCAGACAAUAAAACCACUGUCUUUUAUUUACACCUAGUCUCAUCUGGUAGGUUUAUAUGUUGUGAUUUGCUUUAUUGUUUUGCAGCCAAAAUCCACCAGAUGGUGCUGAUGCCAACCAUUUGCUCCUACUGCAUCUCAGCAACCUAAUUAAAUCGAGGAAGGCUACCAGGAGUAAGGUGGUCUGUCUAUUGCUGACAACGUUUUCUGCCUUUGUUUCUCUAUACCUAUCGUUUUAGAAAGAGGCUUCAAGAAAACGUGUGCUAUUGCAUUUGUGAGUGAAGGUGUGGCUUAUAUUCCCCAGAGGCUGUGUCUUGAGUAAUGUUUAUCUCUGUCCUGCUAUGUUUGUAUUCAUCCACAUUAAGGAUGGGUUCUCAAAGGAGCUUUUACACCCUUGCUCUACUUUAGUUUUGUGCAGUCCUGGAGAAGCCGGCCAAACAAAUCUUCCUAGGCUGGUCACAUCUGACCUGAGACUGA